CUGUACAAGACAAAGAUGUGCGACAAGUACCAGCGUGACGGCGAGUGCCCGUAUGGCAUCAAGUGCGUGUUUGCUCAUGGCGAGCAUGAGCUGCGCUCACGCGAGCCCGCUAACCCACUGUACAAGACACAGAUGUGCCAGCGGUUCACUGAGCUUGGCGAGUGCCCGUACGGUGAGAAGUGCCAGUUUGCUCAU